UGUAUCCCCAGGGUGUGUGAGCUGUCCGUGCGUCUGGACGACCCCAACAGUCUGGAGGAGGACAUGGGAGUCAUCAUGCUGGACAUGUCUCUCUCUCUUAGGGAUAGAGACAACGAGAGGAACUCUAGGUGGCCUAAGAGGAAGAGGAGUAUCAGGUCUCCGCUGGCCCAGAGUGGUCGUCUAUCAGAGUCUCUGAGGAAGUCUCAGCUGUGGUCAGGUGUAGUGGGGGUGACCCUGGUGGAGGGACAGGACCUGCCAGAGGAUGGACCUGGAGAGCUGUUUGUUCGGUUCAGACUGGGGGAGCAGAGAUACAAGAGCAGGAACCAGCCCAAGAAGGCUAACCCCCAGUGGAGGGAGAGGUUUGACUUCAACCGGUUCCCGGAGGGUCCUGGGGUGCUGGAGAUAGAGGUCUGGAACAAAGAGGGACGCAAAUAUGAGGAGUGUUACGGCAUGUGUGAGGUGGACCUGUCCAGUGUUCUACCCAACCAGUCUCAGCUGUUCACGCGGGUUCUGAAAGAGGGAAAAGGUCGUGUGGUCUUCCUGAUCGCUCUGAGCACGUGUAGUGGCGUCUCCAUCUCCGACAUGUGUGCCCCGCCCCUCGAGGAGCCUCAGGAGAGAGAGAAAACUCUGGAGAAAUACAGUUUCAAAAGUUCCUUCAGGAACCUCCGGGAUGUUGGUUUCCUUCAAGUUAAGAUUAUCAAGGCUACUGAUCUGUUGGCAGCUGAUUUAAAUGGGAAGAGUGAUCCGUUCUGUGUGUUGGAGUUGGGGAACGACAGACUGCAGACUCACACCAUCUAUAAAACCCUCAACCCCAACUGGAACAAAGUCUUCACCUUGUCAGUCACACACCUGCUUUUUACCCUCUUAGUUUCCCUUUUAACAUGGGACCGUGGCUUUCCUCUGGAUGGAGACAAAGCAUUCCUCUGCUUUCUGUGAGUGGGCAAAGUGGCCAUUCCUCUGCUUUCUAUCCACAAUGGUCAACCGAUCUGCUGUCCCCUGAAGAAAGAGGAUCUGGGGUGUCUGUCUAAAGGAAGCAUCUCCCUAGAGCUGGAGCUCGUCUUCAACCCAGUCAGAGCAGCUAUCAGAACAUUUAAACCAAAGGAGAAGAAAUUCAUGGAAGACAAUCCCAAGUUUUCUAAAAAGAUGUUGGCGCGUAACGUGUACCGCGUGCGUAACCUUUACAGAGCAGUGCAGUCCACGUUCCAGUACAUCAACAGCUGUUUUCAGUGGCAGAGUUUCCAGAGGAGUCUCAUAGCCUUCCUGAUAUUCCUGCUGGCGGUGUGGCAUUGGGAGUUCUACAUGUUGCCUCUCUGUCUGGUUCUGCUCAUCACAUGGAACUAUCUUCAGAUUGCAUCUGGAACCAACCAGGACCUGGAUAAUAUGGACUUGGGCGAUGAAGAUGAUGAAGAUGAAAAGGAAUCCGAGAAGAGAGGUUUGAUGGAAAAAAUUCACAUGGUUCAAGAGACUGUCAUCACUGUCCAAAACCUGUUGGAGGAAAUCGCAUGCUUCGGGGAGAGAAUUAAAAACACCUUUAACUGGUCAGUACCGUUCCUCUCCAACCUUGCCUUCCUUAUCCUGGUGACAGUAACAGUUCUGACAUACUUCAUCCCUGUACGAUAUAUCCUUCUAGUAUGGGGAAUUAAUAAAUUCACCAAGAAAUUACGGGCCCCGUACGCCAUCGACAACAAUGAGGUGUUUGAUUUCCUGAGGAGAGUUCCUUCAGACGUUCACAAGGUGCAGUACAGCGAGCUGAAGACUUUGAGCGCCCAGAGUCCUCUGAGGAGGAAGAGAACCAUUGAGAGGCGGUGAUGGAGGAGUAAUCUAUGGUCCCCAAUGGAAGACAUGGCCAUGUGCACACUGUUGCCGCCUCAGACUUAUGCCCUUGUGUGAAACUGGGCGUAUAGUGGAGGAUAUGCAGGCCAUAUCUGGAUCAUAUUCCUCUAUGUUCAGAAUUAGUUAGAAAACUGCUCCUGGGUUACUGGUCCUCUGUAGCUCAGUUUGUAGAACAUGGUACUUGCUGUGCCGGGAUAGUGGGUAGAAUUCCUGAGAUUACCCAUAUGUAUACACGCAUAACUACGUCUCUUUGGGAUAAAAGCAUCUGCUACAUGGCGUCUACACUGAACAAAAAUGGCAACGCAACAUGCAACAAUUUCAAAGAUUUUACUGACUUACAGUUUAUAGAAGAAAAUCAGUCAUUUGAAAUGAAUUCUUUCAGCCCUAAUCAAUGGAUUUCACAUGACUGGGGUGCAGGGGGGUGGAUUAUCUUCACAUGACUGGGGUGCAGGGGGGUUGAUUAUC